AGUCUGCCGCUGAUAAGUCGCUUUUAAAGAUACAAUUAAGUGAAAAAAAGAUAUAAAGAUUUUUAAAAAUACUAACAUGAUGAAUAGAAGUUAAACUAAAUUGAGAAAAAAUAAAGUAAUAAAUAUAAAAUAAUUUAAAAUAAAAGAAGAAAAAAGUGACAAAAGAGCGAUAGUUUAAAACAAAUAAUAAAAAGUUAUUAAUAAAUUUGCAUACAAAACAAAAUAAAGCUUAUGCUAGCUUAUAAUUGAAAAUAUAUUAAAUAUAUUUGUAAAGAUUAAUAUAUUUCAAGCAACAGUUCGAGGCUUAAUCAACGAUUAUAACUGCAACAAAAAUUUACAAUUGCAAAAGUAACGGAUAUUUAAAUAAAUUCACAUUUAAGAAUUUAUUUUGUGUAAAGAAAGUGAAUAAAUAAACAACAACAAAUUUCUGCUAACGAGUCGAUAUAAAUUCAAUACAGAAAUUUAAGUGCAUAUUAAGUGACAUUUAAUAAAAAAAAAACAUAUAAAGAUAAAUAAAAAACCCACAAUUUCUGAGCAAAUUCGAUACAAAAUGGAAGGAGAAUCUACAGAAUCAACUCACAAUACAAAAGUUUCGGAUUCAGCAUAUUCGAAUAGUUGCAGUAACAGUCAAUCACAAAGAAGUGGAAGCUCAAAAUCACGCCUUAGCGGAAGUCAUUCAUCGGGAAGUAGUGGCUAUGGCGGUAAACCAUCAACACAAACCAGCAGCAGUGAGAUUCAUCUCAACAAGCGUGUCAAGGAUAAGACUCGUAAGAAGAAGAAGCUCAAGUGUUCCACCAGUACCACCACAAAUGUAAUAGAAAAUCAAGAAGAUGUUGCCAAAACAAGUGAAGUCCAGGAUGAAGAAGAAAUCGUUAUUAACGACAUAACAAUGGCACAAAGUAGCAGACAAAAGGAUAAUAAAGAGAAUUUAGAAAAAGAAACAAGCGAGCCUAUAUCCGAAAAAUCAUUGUUGCAAUUCCCCACUCCAUCUCCAUUAUCAGCUACAACCCAGCAGGGGGUAAAAUCGGAAAAAACAUGUGAAUCAGCGCCUGGUAAAUUAGAAUCCUCGGGUAAAACCGAAAAACUCAAAGAGGAUAGUUUCUGUUGUGUAAUUUCAAUGCACGAUGGCAUUGUUCUUUAUACUACACCCAGCAUUACUGAUGUACUGGGUUUUCCACGGGAUAUGUGGCUGGGACGUUCGUUUAUUGACUUUGUUCACACCAAAGAUCGGGCAACAUUUGCCAGUCAAAUAACGACAGGAAUACCAAUAGCUGAAUCGCGUAGUAGUUUGCCGAAAGAUGCCCGAAGUACAUUUUGCGUUAUGUUACGACGUUAUCGGGGACUUAAGUCGGGUGGUUAUGGUGUAAUAGGACGUUCGGUUAACUAUGAACCAUUUCGUUUGGGAUUGACAUUCCGCGAAGCACCAGAAGAAGCCCGAUCCGAUAAUUAUUUACCAAGUGGCACCAAUAUGUUAUUGGUUAUAUGUGCCACGCCCAUUAAAAGUGCUUACAAAGUAUCUGAUGAGCUACUUUCGCACAAAAGUGCUAAAUUUACAAUACGUCAUACUGCCACGGGUAUAAUUUCACAUGUGGAUAGUGCAGCCGUAUCGGCGUUGGGCUAUUUACCUCAGGACCUUAUAGGUCGUUCAAUACUUGAUUUUUAUCAUCAUGAAGAUCUUAUUGUUUUAAAAGAAAUCUAUGAGACUGUAAUGAAAAAAGGUCAAACGGCAGGUGCAUCUUUUUGCAGCAAACCCUAUCGUUUCCUUAUACAAAAUGGUUGUUAUGUUCUACUUGAAACUGAGUGGACAAGCUUUGUUAAUCCUUGGUCGAGAAAAUUGGAAUUUGUUAUUGGACAUCAUCGGGUAUUUCAAGGCCCCAAAAACUUACAUGUUUUCGAACCUCCUCCGAAUACAAAGCCUAAAUUAUCAGAAGACUCUCAAACUCGGAUUGCACAUAUCAAAGAAGACAUUGUUAAGCUUUUGGCGGAAACAGUUUCCAGACCUUCGGACACUGUCAAACAAGAAGUUUCGCGACGUUGUCAGGCUCUAGCCUCAUUUAUGGAAACUUUAAUGGAUGAAGUUUCGCGCACAGAUUUAAAGCUUGAGUUACCCAAUGAAAAUGAGUUGACUGUGUCUGAAAGAGAUUCCGUGAUGUUAGGCGAAAUAUCACCGCAUCAUGACUAUUACGACAGUAAAAGUUCCACGGAGACUCCGCCUUCUUACAAUCAACUGAAUUACAAUGAGAAUUUACAACGUUUUUUUAACAGCAAACCUGUGACAGCACCCGUAGAGUUUGAUCCCAUUAAAAUGGAACAAACCUACAAUGCACCAGCUGAAGCACGCAGUACCCUGAGUCCGGUUCAGUGCUUUGAGGGUAGCGGUGGUAGUGGAUCCUCAGGAAAUUUUACUUCGGGUAGCAACUUGAAUAUGGGCAGUGUUACUAAUACAAGCAAUACCGGUACAGGCACUUCAUCGGGAAGUGUACCCAUGGUUACGUUGACGGAAUCUCUACUAAAUAAACACAACGAUGAAAUGGAAAAGUUUAUGCUAAAGAAACACAGAGAAUCUCGCGGACGAAGUGGUGAGAAGAAUAAAAAGAACUCGGAAAAGAUAAUGGAGUAUACUGGUCCUGGGCAUGGAAUAAAGAGAGUUGGCUCACAUUCGUGGGAGGGCGAUGCCAACAAACCCAAGCAACAGCAUACAAAUCUUAUGGAUAUACAACGUGAUUAUACCGAUCACCAUAAUCAACCCACCUCUAGCAAUAAAAUAUUCAAUAAUCUACAAACCACUUUGGGUGGAACAGCCUUAUCCAUUCCAUAUGCAGGUGGUUUAUCUUGUUCCCGCAAUGUUAAUUUAUGGCCACCAUUCUCUGUUGGUCUCACUACUCCUACCUCGCACACAGCACAAAUAGCACAAAGUAGUUUCACACCGCAGCACAGUCUUUUUCCCACUUUUUACUACAUACCCGCUACUGCCGCAGCUGCAGCAGCUGCUGCCAAUCAAGCCCAAAAACUUUCAUCCGCUGAAAUGCCAAGUACUUCAAAUCAAGCUCUACCUCUGCAAUAUAUGGCCGGUGUUAUGUAUCCCCAUCCUUCAUUAUUUUACACUCAUCCCGCUGCCGCAACUGCCAUGAUGUACCAACCGGUGUCAUUCUCAAAUGUUGCCAGUACCAUUAAUUUGGCGCCGGAACAUUCAAGUUUAACGACUGAUUACAAACGGGCCCAAACACUAAUGGUGGCGCCCACAACUACAAAGCCUCAACAACAAGGUGCAUUUCAUUCUAUAACACCCUCUCAACUCCAACGUCCAUCAUCACAAGCAACAUCAGUUAAAGCAGAACCUGGAUCAAAUAUGGCACCAUCUGAUUCAUCGAAAAAAGGUAUUGCAGAUUCGCCCAUUGCAUCCGUUAUGGGUGACUAUGUAUCAGAUCAACACAAUGCAAAUAGUUUAAAACCUAAUACAGAUAGCAAUGGUAACAGUGACGAUAUGGAUGGUUCAAGUUUUUCAUCAUUUUAUUCAUCAUUUAUUAAAACAACCGAUGGUUCCGAUAGUCCACAAGAAAACGAAACAAGCAAAGAUUCAAAGCAGAGGACAUUUAAGAUAAAGGCAGCUGAAAAACUUAUGGAAAAUGCUGAAGAGGAUCAAACACAACAUGGAGAUAGUUAAACACAGUCUUAAAUACUUUAAUAAACGAAAAAAGAGAAAAGUCUAGCAACCUGCAUGAAAUCGUAAUCUUCAAAGGCAUCUACUACAGAUAUACUGAGAGUGUGAAUAAUUGUGUAGUUCAAAAAUACCUCAAAGUUGAGUGUAAGUUUAAUUUUAAAAAAAAUUCUUAUUUAAUGAAAACAGUUUUUAAAAUUUUUAUUUAUUAUCUAUAUGAUGUAGUACGGGUAAAACAAUUGCAGAAAAUAAUUUUUUACAUUAAUAUUUUGCUCUUGUUGUUUUAAACGUGUAAACAAUUUCAAUAUUUAUAUGUACAUACUAGUAUGUAUACUUUCUUAUGCAUAAAUAAGUUAUUAAAUAAUGUGUAUUUUUGUAUUUAUUAAAACUUUAAAUAAAAAAUUAACAAAAUAAAAAUAAACAUAUUGUUUAUAAUAAAAAUCUAUAAAUUUA